AUGGCCCCUCUGGUUUUUAACGUAUCGUUUCCAAGAUCGUCAUUUUGUGAAUCAUCUGUCACUAAAUAUAGCAGGCCAGACGGAAAUAAAAAACUGAUAGAUUAUACUGGGAUGCUUCGAGAUCACAAACUUUCUAAGCUUGAGAGGGGCAUUGAUAUUCACACUACGCGUUCCCGAGGGGGCAGUCUAGUCGAAGAGGUUAUAGAGAAGCUUGAGAGAUUCAAAGUACGUACGGUUAACAUCUUGGUGGGAGGAGAUGAUGAAGAACAGAAGAAAUAAAACAAAUCAAAUGUUUGA